AUGAUGCAAGAUCCAAGUCAACAUGGAGGUCAGCAUGAUAUGAUUGUGGACCAUCAUCACGGGAUUGAAGAAGAGAAGGUCCAUCUAGAUCACGGAGAUGCCGACCACCACAAUAUGCCUUCUCAGGAAUUUCAAUGUCCCGUUGAUCUUAGUAUGCUAGACAAUAACUCUCGCAAUAUGGUCAUAGAACUACAUCGGCAGUGGUGCUUGGAUUUCCAAUUUUCUAGGGAAAAGUUGCUGGUUGAUAUGACAGAGAAGUUACAUCAAGAGUUUCUCUCUGACCAACAGAAAAUUAGGACCGAUUUACUAACCCAAUUCAAAGAAGAAUUGGAUGGCACCAGACUUGAACUUGAAUCAAAAUACCGGGAAACGUUAAAAACGGAAGUUGCUAAAGUGCAAGAAAAACAUAAACGGGAAAUCCAAAGUGCCAAGAAGAAGCAGUGGUGUUGGCAAUGCGAGAACGAGGCAAUUUAUCACUGUUGUUGGAACACGGCGUAUUGUAGUGUGGAAUGUCAGCAAAGCCAUUGGCAUCUUCAUAGAAAGUUUUGUAGAAGAAAAAAGCAGCAACAGUCCCAACCAAAUGGUGGUAGCAAUCCUGGUUCAGCGAACACCUCCAGCAACGCUCCGAAUACGAGUGGAUCUAACCAGCGACCUGUGUAG